AUGCCGGUAGCGCAGCCUGCCGAAGAACUCGAAACAAUAAUCCUGAAUGAGGAAUAUCCCGAUCGAUGUGUGAAGAUCGGCACCACCCUAGAUCCCAACCUACGAACGCAAUUCAUUGACUUUUUGCGACAUCAAGCAGAGGUCUUCGCCUGGUCAUACAAUGAUAUGCCCGGCAUAUCACCUGACGUCAUCAGCCACAAGCUCAGCAUCUCCCCCGUCUAUAAACCAGUCAGACAAAAGCGUCGUUCGUAUGAUGUCGAAUGGUAUGAGGCUAUGCGUACUAAAGUUGACAAGCUUAAAGCCAUCGGCUUUAUCAGGGAGGCUACGUACCCUGUCUGGCUUGCCAACUCAGUCAUGGUUCGGAAGACCAAGGGUAGAUGGCAAAUGUGUCAAGACUAUACCGACCUAAAUAAGGCAUGUCCGAAGGAUAGCUUCCCAUUGCCGAGGAUCGACCAGCUCGUUGAUGCAACCGCUGGACACGAGCUGCUCAGCUUCAUGGAAGCCUAUUCAGGGUACAACCAGAUUUUCAUGGACCUUGCCGAUAGCGAGCAUACAUCAUUCAUCACCGACCGCGAGUUGUACUGUUACAAUGUCAUGCCUUUCGGCUUGAAGAAUGCGGGGGCAACGUAUCAACAGCUCGUCAAUCGGAUUUUUGCUAAACACAUCGGCGGUAUUAUGGAGGUGUAUGUCGACGACAUGUUGGUGAAAAGCCGAACGGUAGGGGGCAUCUGGAAAACUUAG